AUGUUGGCAGAUUCUUCCUCACUUUCAGAAUCACACCAAGUGGCAGAAAGACUCUUUUAUGUUUCUUUAGAAAGGGUAGUUGCCUUACAAAUUAAGGUGUUGGGGAGUGUGUGGGACAAGUGUAGAAAUGGUGGUGGUGUGAUUCAGAAUUGUAAUGAUGAAUUGGUGCAAUUGUUGCUGUUGGGAGGUUUGGGGAUGUCGAAUUUUGAGAUCGGAGGUUUUUACGGAAUUGAACUCAGAGGUUUGGAAGGCCUCAAACGGGAAAAUUUAGGGUGUUACAAAGUGGUUUCAGAGCAGAAAAUGGUUGGAAGUAACGAUGCUGCUAUUGUUGUUGCUUUGCAGGCUGUUGCUCAGGCUGUGCAGAAUCAACCUAAUGUUGGUUGGAACGACGAGUUCCAUCAUUUGGGGAAGUUCCAAAGGAACAAUCCGCCUACUUCCAAGGGUAUGUAUCAUCCUGAUGGAGCGCAUAAUUGGCUCAGGGAGAUUGAGUGGAUUUUCAGAGUGAUGAAUUGCUCUGAAGCACAGAAGGUGCGGUUCGGUAUACAUAUGCUAGUUGAGGAAGUUGAUGAUUGGUGGAUUAACACUCGUCAGGUGUUGGAUGUUGCAACUGAAGUUGUGACUUGGGCUGUGUUCAACAAGGAUUUUUUGAGAAGUUACUUUCCUGAGGAUGUUCAUGGGAAGAAGGAGAUUGACGAGGUGACUGCUGAGUUCUCGAAGUGUAUAAAGUUCGAGAAUGGUUUGCAUACCGAAAUUAAGCAGGCGAUUGGAUACCAACGGAUCAGGAGGUUUCCAGAGUUGGUAAACAAUUGUAGAAUUUAUGAGGAUGAUAGUAAGGCUCGAUCGACUUACUACAAGGGGUUAAGCGAGAGAAGAGGAAAUCUGAAUCUGAACCAUGGGAAGCCAUAUAAUGCUAUAACUGAUAAAGGUAAACAAAAAGUUAUUGAUGGUAAGAGGCCAAGUAGGGGAGGUGCUCCUACUCCUCUUAAGUGUUAUAGGUGUGGUGACUUGGGUCAUUGUGUCAGUGAAUGCAAGAGUGAUGUAAAGAAGUGUUACAAGUGUAGGAAUUCAGGAUAUCUAGUUGCUGAUUGCAAAGAGAAUAUGGUGACUGGAUACAACUAUGGUGAACCAGGACAUAUCAGCACUCGUUGCUCGAAGCCUAAGCAAGCGUCAACUAGAGGAAAGGUGUUCGUUUUGACUGGGACUCAGACUUCUAGUGAUGACAGGUUGAUCAGAGGUAUAUGUUAUAUUAAUAAUACGCCUUUUAUUGAUAUUAUUGAUACCAGUGCUACUCGUUCUUUUAUUGUUGCUGACUGUGUGAAAAGUCUAGGCCUUGUUGUGUCUUCUAUGAGUGGAUAA